AUGUCUGAGGAUGAGAUGCAACUUGCCGAUGAUAUUGCCUUCCUAGGUCAGGCAGAAGAGGGAGCCAAAAAUGUGACGGCUGUGACUCUCCAGGAGAAAGCACCUGGGCUUGUCAUUUGCCUCGCGAGCAACCACACGCCAUCAGAUAAAACAGUUCUGGAAUUGAAUAAAACCAUGGCUUUGGUGAGCGAGUACGCUUCUGAAGGAAAGCGACGGCGUGAAUUUCGUGACAAAAUAUUCGAUAUGGUUGUUGACACCCGCGAAGAUCGAAUUCUUAGCAGAAUUCGUCCGCCAUGGCUGCCACAGCCUAGCCGCUAUUACAAACCGAGGCCGUUUCUACUCUCACAGGUUCAGGUAUUUGUUGAUGAGAUUUCCGUUAUCAAUAGUCAAUCAGCAGGUUUUCAAUCUUUGGUGCAACCGGCGCGCCAGCUGAUAGCCUGCCUUUUACCUUUCAAAAAAUUUGUCCCACAGAGUUUGAGAAAGGAAUAUCAGAAAAAUGUGAUAAAAAGCUGUGCUGAAUUGGCUGGCGUUGGUGGGACAGGAUUGCUGGAGGAACACCUUCAGCGGCUACAAAUUUCCGCUCAACUCCGUGACAGAGGUGGAAUACGUCAAAUUGACAAACUUGCGCGAUACUUCUUUGUGUGUCGAGAUCUUGUCAGAGUCGGUAGACGUCCAGAGUACAAGCCCCUGUUCAGCGAUAUUGCGAUUGAAACAUUGAAAGCUUUCAAAGGAAGGCCAGUAGGCUCCAAAGUGUGCUUUGUUCACGCAGAGAUGCAGCAGAUUGUUCACUACACGAAUCAUCCUCAUGAUCCUAGUCCGCGGUUUAUUGGAUGUAGCAAGUCUGCAUGCUACCUCUGCGAUAUGUUCAUCCAGAAGCAUGGGUUAUACCGAAUCUCACAUGCUCACCGUCGGCUUUAUGACCUAUGGACACUGCCUGAUUUGGAUUAUUCGGCUUCCAAAGAGGCUCAACAGCUCCAAGUCAUAUUAAAGUCCAUGACCAAGGAAAUUUCAGCUAUAGCCACAGGGUUUCAACGAAGUCUUCCUCCUCCGAAGCAGUACCAAGCGGAGAGCAUUGCAUUCUUACCUCUUACCAGUGGCUCGACGGCGAGCAAUACUUCAGUUGCCACGCAGAAACCUUCCAUGUCUUCAGUAUCCCCCGUAUUGAGCCUCAAGUCGGACUCUGAUACCAAGACUGCGAGCACCGGCUUUUCGAGAAACCGAUGCGAGAGCUUGUCUAGCAGGACUAGCAAUGCGUCUUGUCUUUUGCUCAACCAAGAUGACCUGCCAUAUUCACUUAAUAUUAAAGACAUCAAACACGGCUUUUUGGUACAGAUUGAUGCAAUCUUUCUUGAUGUCGAGUUUGUUACCACUGGCCAGCUCUCAAUCCGCCAUGCAAUAGAUAGUACACUGCCCAAAGAUGUCAUAGAUAUCUCUCAGUUAUCUACAAUUAGUGAGACAAAGGUGGCUCAAGGCCCAACCACGCAACUAUCCUUACGCCACCCCAGCGGUUUUACGAUAAUUAUUGACUUUGUCCGGGAUGAGGUCGGACUUGAUCACGAAACAGUCAUUCCCGUGCGUCCGGAUGACUAG